CCUCUUGGGAGGGUGUGUCUGUGCCUGUCUGAGCCCUGAAGGGGCGUUGCCUCCUCCCCCUGCAGGAGACUACUGGAUCGACCCCAACCAGGGCUGCACCUUGGACGCCAUGAAGGUUUUCUGCAACAUGGAGACUGGCGAGACCUGCGUCUACCCCAACCCAGCGAACGUUCCCAAGAAGAACUGGUGGAGCAGCAAGAGCAAAGACAAGAAACAUAUCUGGUUUGGAGAAACCAUCAACGGUGGCUUCCACUUCAGCUACGGGGAUGACAACCUGGCUCCCAACACUGCCAACGUCCAGAUGACCUUCCUGCGCCUGCUGUCCACUGAAGGCUCCCAGAACAUCACUUACCACUGCAAGAACAGCAUAGCCUACCUGGACGAAGCAGCUGGCAACCUCAAGAAAGCCCUGCUCAUCCAGGGUUCCAAUGAUGUGGAGAUCCGGGCUGAGGGCAACAGCAGGUUCACGUAUACGGUGCUGAAGGAUGGCUGCACGAAACACACCGGUAAGUGGGGCAAGACUAUGAUCGAGUACCGGUCACAGAAGACCUCGCGCCUCCCCAUCAUUGACAUUGCACCCAUGGACAUAGGAGGGCCUGAGCAGGAAUUUGGUGUGGACAUAGGGCCUGUCUGCUUCUUGUAAAAACCCGAACCCAGAAACAACACAAUCCAUUGCAAACCCAAAGGACCCAAGUACUUUCCAACCCCAGUCACUCUAGGACUCUGCACUGAAUGGCCGACCUGACCUGAUGUCCAUUCAUCCCACCCUUUCACAGUUUGGAUUUUCUCCCCUCUCUUUCUAAGAGACCUGAACUGGGCAGACUGCAAAAUAAAAUCUCGGUGUUCUAUUUAUUUAUUGUCUUCCUGUAAGACCUUUGGGUCAAAGCAGAGACAGGAAACUAACUGGUGAGAGUCAAACGCCCCCUGAGUGACUGCCCCCCAGCCCAGGCAAGAAGACCCACUUCGGGUGCCGGGCACAGGAACUGUGUGUCCUACACAAUGGUGCUAUUCUGUGUCAAACACCUCUGUAUUUUUUAAAACAUCGAUUGAUAUUAAAAACAAAAAAAAUUAUUGGAAAGUA